AUUACAUUUUCUGAUAUACCGGUAUAUAUAUGUGCAUGUACUUAUGUUGCUUUAAAAAUUUGAGCUGGUUAGUAUAAGAAUAAGCUCAAGUUUUGUUGCCAGUACAGUGAUGAUAAUUUAAAUUAGAUUACAAUACAUCCCAUUUGAUAAAGCAUGCAUGAAUCAGUUAGUGGGUGGAUACUAUCAAGCUUGAAGCCCAACAUCCACUAUGGCAACUUCGUUGAACGCAACUUUGUGGUUACUUUGAUGUAUGUCAACUUUGUUGCCAAAAGUAGAACAGUGUUCUACUUUUGGCAACAAAAUUUCUGUUGAUUCCAACAAAGCUGCCUAGCGGAUGUUGGGCUUCAUGAUAGUAUAAUAAUGCUGUUUAACAACAGGAGGAAGAGAUAAACUAAUAAUGGAUGACAGGGACGACAACUUCACUUUGUAUGCUGAUAUCAAUGGUCCCCUACUAGCAGCAGUUAUCAGUAUAGAGAUGAUAGGAGGACUCAUUGCUAACUCAUUUGUACUCAUACUGACUAUAUGCCAUAUAAAGACUUGGAAACAACCCUCUACUAUAUUCCUUACUAACAUGCUGAUAUCUAACCUCCUGAUGGUCCUCUUUGUGAUGCCUUUUGCAAUACUUACUUGUUCCAGUGGCCAGUGGUUACUAGGGAAGACAGUGUCUGAAAAGGAAGCAACCUGUAAAGCUAAUGCGUACACUAACAUGUCCAUAUACAUCAUAGCAACACUGAGUCUGGUACUACUCUCCUUUGAUAGAUACUUCUUCAUAGUAAAGUCCUUUGCUUAUCAAAAACACAUGACGUCCAAUAAAGCAGUUAUAAUCAUCAUCAUAUCUUGGAUA